AUGCCUCUCUGUUUCACAGAACACCACGUUCUUCCUCACCACCACGAGGACUGGACCCUGUACAGGCUGACACUCAGCUGGGGGGUCAACACAAAGCUUAAAUUGAGAGGCAGCCAGAAGGCCAACGUCCCACAGAGGCGGCAGGAUGUGUGCAGCCUGCACGGCGAGAAGCUGAAGCUGUUCUGUUUGGACCACCGGGAGCCGGCGUGCGUCGUCUGCAGAGACUCAGAGAGGCACAGCGGCCACAGGUUCAGACCCGCUGAUGAAGCCGCUCAGCAGCGCAGGGAGGAGGUCCAGAAAGACAUCCGGGCUCUGCAGGACAAGGUCAAGCUUUUCAGUCAAGUCAAAGUCCAGUUCAGUCAAACCGCUGAGCACAUUAAGCUCCAGACGCGGAACACAGAGACGCAGAUCAGGCAGCAGUUCCUGAAGCUUCACCAGUUUCUGGAGGAGGAAGAGGAGCAGAGGAUGUCGGCGCUGAGGAAGGAGGAGAACCUGAAGAGUCGGGUGAUGGAGGAGAAGAUGGAGGCGCUGAGAAGAGAGAUGUUGGCUCUUCUGGACGCCAUCAGAGCCGCAGAGGAAGAGCUGAGAGCCGCGGACGUCCCCCUGCUGCUGGGCUCCACGGCGCAGCGCUGCCCCCUGCUGGGCGACCCCCAGCUGGCCCCAGGAGCCCUGGUAGACGUGGCCAAGCAUCUGGGCAACCUGGGGUUCCACAUCUGGAGGAACAUGAAGGACGCCAUCUCCUUCACUCCGGUCGUCUUGGACCCGAACACGGCGAACCCGGAGCUGGUUCUGUCCGAUGACCUGACCAGCGUGCGGUGCGGCAGGAACCGGCUGCUGCCCGAAAACCCGGAGCGGAUCGGAGGCUUCUGCUCCGUCCUGGGGUCGGAGGGCUUCUGCUCCGGGGCGCACAGCUGGGAGGUGGAGGUGGGGCGGCACGGCCGCUGGGAGCUGGGGGUUCUGGAGGACUGGGUCCGGAGGGACGGGGCCCUGUGGUCGGGGCUGUGGAGGAUCCAGCUGUGUGACGGAAAACACACCGCCAUCUCUCAGACCGCCUCGGCUCUGCUCACCGUCCGGGCGCUGCAGAAGGUCCGGGUGGAUCUGGACCUGGACCGGAACCAGCUGUCCUUCUUUAACGCAGACACCAACACACACAUACACUCCUUCACACACACAUUCACACACAGAGUUUUCCCUUACAUCUGGAGCGGGGUGGAGCUUCCGCUGAGGAUUUUACCGAGGAAGAUCAGCGUGAGCAGCUCUUCCUCUGGAUGAGGAUCAGAACAGGAUCAUCAUUUUAUUCUGACUUUAUAUCAGCUGCUGCUGAUUUUUACCUCAUGUUUUAGUAAACAGCUUUGGGUUUUACGCUCAGAUAAAACUCAGCCAGUCUUUUCUCUGGUCAGAUAAAUUAUCCUGACUAAACUCAAAAUGAUCAGUUUUCACUAAAGGAGUUAAAGGCCUUCGGUCUGGUGUGGUUUGGCCCUUUAAGUCAUUCAAACACAAAAUCUGCUGCAAAAUGAAAUAAUGUGGAAAUUUCUGUACAACAGCAGCAAAAUGACGA